GAAGUACAAACAUGUAGCUUGAUCUUGCAGUGAAAUGCAAGUUGUAAAAUGCUUGCUGAGUUUCUAUAUCGCACGGUGUAAUCAGCAUUUCUGAAAAAUCCACUGGAAGAGAUGGAGCUUACAUCAGUACUGGUGCUCCUCCAUGUCCUCCGUUUCUGUUACGGUGAAAUGUACUGCUUGACAUGCUUUGCGGUGGUUUCCCCUAGACAUUGCAAAUCGAUUCGCCGUUGUGAUGAAGGACAGGUCUGUUAUACUGAACAGUACAGAAGCAUCACGGGUGAAACAUUGUUCAACGUCGGAUGUGGAAUUGCAUCGCGAUGUUCCACAAAACAAGUAAAUCCUCUCAAACAAAGGUUCCUAGGAUCCAAAAGAUACGUCUACAACAAAGACACAACGACAUGCACCGAGUGCUGCUCUACGGACGCUUGUAACAGAAACGGUUGUGGGUCUCUAGAUUACCCUCAAAACAGGGGACCGGUAUGCUUUGACUGUCAACAAACACUGGACCCUGGUCUUUGUCGCUCAGUCAGUGUCUGCAGGGAGGAUGGGGUUUGCCAGACAUACAUGAAAUCGGAGUUUGGCGACAAAAUAUUUACAUUAGCUUGCGCUCCAAACUUUGUUUGUGAUUCAUUUCAUGGCCAGACAUCAACAGAAAGAUGCAAUCAAUGUUGCAAAACAGAUCUAUGUAACAAAGACUCUUGUGUGACGUAUCGUGGACCGUAUGGUUUCCAAGCUAAAGCGGAAAGUGAUCAAGGCCCAGGAAUUCUCAUAUUCAAAAAUGUCACCACCAAUGUUGGUGCUGGAUACGACCCUGACACAGGUUAUUUCACAGCCAAAAGAAACGGACUGUUUGUCUUCACUUGGAGUAUGCAGUCAUACAAGGAGUCCAUUCUGUCAGUUUUGAAAGUUAAUGGUGAAGAGAAGGGGCAUGCGAACACAUUGUAUCAGGUCUUAGCAAACGAUACAGUGACCUCCUACGCAAGCGAUACAGCGACCUCCUUUGCUGUUUUAAGAUUGAUAUCAGGGGAUAAUGUUAACAUUGAAUUGAUUAAUGGCACAGCUCGAAAGAUAAACACAAUUUUUACUGGAUGGGCACAAUAUUCAACAGAUUUGGAAACCCUGCCUGCUUUCUACAUACAAUGUCCAGCCAACUGUUUCCCUUUAAUGGAUCCAACGACAAACAACGGUGGGGCAGCCGAUGUUGAAAAUAACGCUUUAGUACUCCAAGACGGUUUUUAUAUCGCUUUUAAUCAAGUUGGUGGAAAAUCUACUAUUGAACCUGUAUGGUUGGAUAGUAUGUGGUAUACCCAAUAUAACUAUACAGUUGGUGCAUAUGGAAUUAUACGAUUGUCAACAUCGGCCAUUCAUCCCUGUAACAUAUACUUUGGAUACUAUCUGGAAUGGAAAUUUACUACACUUCCAUCUGCCAUUCCUUUAGAUUUCAAGAUGAAUUGUAGUAACCGCAUUCAGGAAUAUUAUCCGAAUACAACCGUUGUUUUUAACGCUCCUCUUGAUGGACUAUACGGAUUUAGGGUGGGGAUAUCUGCAACGAUACAGGAUACCUUAGUUGCGUUGGUUGUGAAUAGUUUGGAAAUGAUUCAGAUAAAACUCGAUGGCGAUUACAGACCAGGUUCAUUUCCCUCUCCAGACAACGUGAUUGCUUCUCCAAUUCUACAAUUGAAGCAAAAUGAUGAAGUGUCUCUUUUCCUUCUAAAUGGCAACGUUACAUCAGCGAUGUUCACUGGUUGGCUCAUAUCCGAACUCUAAUAAACAAAAAUUCCAAAAUCG